AUGGCCUUACUCGCGCCUGAUGAGCUAGUUCAGCGGUUAUGCGAAGAGAUCGCCUAUAAUGGGGGGAAGAUAACCCUUGGAGGGUUCUGGGAUUUAGUUACAGAGUUGACCAAUAAGCCUGAUGAAAGAAUGAAGUUAUUUAUUUUGCGCUGUUUCGACUCGCAUCCAGAAACUGCGAUAACAAAGGAGGGGGAGGUUUUAGAGGUCUCGAAUUACAACGAUUUUUAUGAAGAUGUCCAAGGGGUGAAGUGCACCAUCUCGGAGGACAGACUUUACAUGUUCCUGACAGGUUACCGCAAGAAGGAGUGCUUGGUGGGUGGGUUAGCAUUCGACCUCCUAGUUGAAAUUGCCAAGACUAAAGAAAAGGGCAUUAAUACAAUGGAUCUUGCUCAAGUAACCUCUCAAGAUCCUAGGAGCAUAACUGGUCGCAUAAAAAAGCUAGGAAACCUAGUCAGCGGGGUUCAGACAAUUUACAAAGGCCAUGUCGUCAAAAAUUUGAAGUUUUUUCGGUUUGUUGAUGGCAAAGAGCCUUCAAAAAGUUAUACAAGCAUGCGUGAUAGUCUACCCAAAAUUGUAGACGUUGUCAAAAACUCAAAAAACGGAGUACGGCAGCUUAUUGAUCUGAAACGAGAACUGAAGUUUGAUAAAGACAAGCGUCUUUCAAAGUCUUUUAUCGCUGCUAUUUCUUCUCUAGAUGAAAUGGGCUACCUCAAGAAGGUAUUGGUGGUAUCGCCUUCAAGCCCCACGGUUAAGAUACGUUGCGUCAAAUUCCUCAGGGAUUAUGUCCCAGAGGAUAGAUCUGCCAAUGAUUUUGAGGAUGAGACGGAUGGAGGUGAGGACACAGAUGGGAAACCGACAGCAGAAAGCGUCAUGGGUGAGGAGGACGACGAAAAUGAGAUAUAUGGUAACGAGAACGCAACACAAGCGUUGCAAGAGAGAAACUUAGUUGUUGAGGACGAAAUGAAACCCGAAAGAAGAACCUUUCUCUUAAAUCGUUUCUUUCCAUUUCAAAAUCAGACAUUCGCACUUGUUGACAACCACGGUAAGACUGGUCUUUCUUCUAUGCAGGCUGUGAAUUUGAUUAGCGGCAGCGAUUAUAAGCGCUCCUUUACUAAAUGUAGCGAGUAUUACAUUGAAACGGUUGGGAAAGAUGACGAUGUUGGCAACGGAUUUGGACUUGUUAGAGCUUAUGAUUUUGAAGGUAAAAAGAAGUUUUACAGACUUUUCACUAAAUCACAUUUUCAAAACAUGGUGUCCGCGCAAAGGCCAGAAUCCGAGGGCGUUUUCAGACCGCUCAAGGGCCAGCACGCGACAUUACAAGAAUUAAGUCUCAAAAACUUCUCGCCUUUGAGUAAUACCAUCAGGUUUAUUCACACAGAAGGUUCUGACCGUUUUUUUUGGAACGGGGAUCUCAAGGUUCCUGCGAACCAAAACGCAGCACCUCGAGGGAGAAAAAGAAAGCAGUUGAAAACCGAGGUAAAUGACAAUGGAACAGUCAAAAAAGUUAAGCAAGAAAUACAAGGGGCACUGGAGGGACCGCUUGAUGAAGGUUCAAGGCCAGGCGCAACGAGCAGCUUGGAAAAAGCAGGUGUCACAGUUAGCGAGGGCGGUGAGGCUGAGAAGCAAAAAGCCAUUCUUAAUAUUGGCGGCUUCUCAGCGGGCUCCUUGAAGUCACUGCAGCGCCAACGUGCCAUUUUAGAAGCUGUCAAACGAAACGGCGGUGUCACCUUUUUCCGAGAUCAGUUUUUCGACGAUGUGACUAAGCUUAUGGAAUCUAAAACAACUUUAGAUAAAAAAACGAUUAGGGGGGAUGUUGAGCUAUUGAGGGCCACUCAAAAACUCGUAUUAAAGGUUGAUCAAUCAAGUGGUCGGCGCCUAAUGUGUUUGCCUAAUGUUUCUUCCGAAGAAAUUUCCAAAUUUUUGGUGAACGAGAAAGACAGCAAAAAGUCGUAUUUCAGAGAUGUCAUACAAAAUACAGACAUAUACUUUUUUGACCAGACGCAACGAGAUAGAUUUCAUCGCGGUAAGAAGUCUGCUGAAAGAAUUAAAAAUUUCGAACAUAGAUCAAAUAGUGGAAGGCGCACAAAAGCUUCACGGCCGUCGAAGAAACCCGUAAAAAAACUGAAUGCUGGCCUUGACGAUUCCUCCACAAAUCGCCAAUCUUUAGUGGAGAACAACAUGGCUCAGUAUAAGUCUGGUGAUAGUGUUCAUUCCCCGCGCUACAACGUGGGCACAAAAGCGGGAGUCCGCGCUCUUAUUAUGUCCGCCGUUAUAACAAAAAGUUUGAGAGGACAAAUCAUGUGGGAUCUCAUAACGAAGCUAUUUCCCAACAAUUCAAUUAGUAAUCUUAAGAAGCAGUGGACGGCUCGGAGAAUAAGAAUGGGCCAUGGAGGUUGGAAGGGACUCUUAGAGAAGUGGCGUAAAGUCAUUGUUGAUGCAAUGAAGGAUGAGAGAGUAACUAUGGAAGAUGUCGAGCAGCUUGAACUCCCUAAGUUAGUUGAGUUAUGGGAGAACUCUGACCAAGAGCGUUCAAAGCAAUCGAUUACACUUUUCAAGAGCCAUGAGGAAAACUUAAGAAAUUUGACUAUAGUUAAAGAGCCAAGCAGCAGUGCCUGCGCAAAUAACCCUGAUCAAUCCUCUAUGGUUCAGCGUGAGACAGGUCUACUAAGAAAGUGCUACACCUAUGUAGCGCGGGACAAGGAGCUUUCCUUCCCGGUUGACGAUGAAUUGAGAGCUAUUAUUAGAUCGAUACUGAUUGAUAAAAGUGCUAGAGAUUUAGAAGGCAUUAAGCUUUUGGAGCGCUUUUCUCGAGAUGAGGUGGACAAAACUAUACUUGAAAUGGCCAAGGAGAAGCAAGUAUUGUUUAUCGGGCAAUCAAAAUUGCAGCUAUCAGAUUCUGUUCUAGAUUUUUUGAACAAGAAAGGUGACGACGCUUUCUUGAAGUCCGCAGUCAAUUACAGAGCGCAGCUAUUCAUAUUUUUAAACGAUCAAAAGGGCGUACUACUCAACGAAGAGAUAAAGAAUCACGCUGCAUUAGUCUUGAUUGAUUUAAUGAACUCGAAUAAAAUUGGUAUCGCUGAGGUUCCACUUCUGCCUCAGGAAAUACAAAUGCAUUAUUCAACUCGCAAAUAUGAAGUUGGUGCUUUAACGCCUCCAUUAUUGAUUACUAAAACAACAGUUGAGUUGCCUUUCAAAGGACACGGUCCAAUCCCGGUUGGAGAGCCACACUCGCGUAUCUGGGUAGACUCUGAGGGUUGCAUUCGUAAGGAAAUUUGGAGGAAAGUGGUGGCGUUGGUUUUACAGGAGAUCUGCUUCAAUCCUGGGAUAACGCUUCGUAGAUUGGCAGGAAAGAACUCACAGCUAUUAUCAAUGUCGGAAAUUUCAGAAGUUAUUACAUGGUGCAUGAAAGAGAAGCUCGUUUCAAAGUUAGCAUUCGAGGGCCUAAACAUUGAGGGCUCUUGGUAUUCUGCGUUUUGA